GUUAAUAUAUAAUGUGAAAAUUUGGAGCCGCUCAGAUCGAAAAUCUUUUAGAGGUCAGUAUCAACGGGGAGAGCAGAAUCGAUGGCGAUGUUUUACACCUUUUUUCUUUUUUAAAUCCGAAAAACAACUAAUAAAAAUAUAGCCUAAUGUAUAAAAGCCGUACUAAAAUUCCUUAUUUUCAAGGAAACAAAUAAAAAGAAGAAAAUAAUAUAAAAAAUAAAUACAGGAAAUCUUAAAGUACUGCAAAAAUGAUGGAAACGAGACAAGUUUAAGUACACCAAACAAAUCAAUUUUUAUUUUUAGGCCUACCAUCAGGAACGAGGAAACAAUUCCUGCCCUGUCUCCGUGCAUCAGUUGGUGUCUUCAGUAUUUCACCUCUCGUUCAACAUGUUUGUGUGUGAUAAAUGCGACAGGAAACGUCCUUAUUAUCUUAUUCAAUCAACACAUCUGAUGCAUGUAUAAACAGAGCGAUAGAGAUCACCCCUGUCAUCUCCCUCAACCAAAACAUAUAACGUUUUAUUAAAAAAAAACACGUACGAAAGAUAAGCAGUAUUAACGGUGGAAAAAUCGGUUUGAACACAACGGAAUUUACAAUAAAACCACAUCACAUCUUGCGUGAUCAGACAGGAUGUGAGGCCUGAGAAUUCAGAGGAACGCAACAGCUACAAACAACAUGGUCAUCACAACUCACACAUCUACUGUCGGAAAGUGGAACACGACCACCAACACUACGGAAGCCGUCAACAGCACAACAUUGCCAACACUCACAACGACACACAUCUACGAGAACGCCGCCCCUGUCACCCUGCUGUUUGUGUUCGGAGUCGUGGGGAACUGUAUAGCUCUUUCCGUUUUAUGCUGUUCUGCAAAAACUCACAAGUGGCGACCGUUCUACCGGUUCGUGUGCGGGCUUGCCAUUUCUGAUGGCGGGGGGAUACUAGCAUCGUACCCUUUUGCAAUGUAUCGAUACAUCUCUAAAUUUCAGUACGACUUUCCGGAACCGUUAUGUGAGUACGUCGGAUUCGUGUUUAUGUUUACGUUAAUGUCUUCCGCUUUGAUCGUUUGUUGUAUGUCUUUUGACCGAUUCUUUGCUACGUUUUACCCUUUCCUUUACAACUCUCCAAGAAAAGAACUCCGGACUAACAUCACACUGGGUUCGGUGUGGUGUCUUUCGGGAAUCCUCAGCAGUCUUCAUUUGUACGGACUGGGAUCCAGCAAAAACAUCUAUCCUGGCUCGUGGUGUUUUCUGAAUUUCAUUGAUUUAGAGCCAUGGAAACCAAAGGCCACACAGAACAUAAUAUAUUCCUUCAUCUACGCCAUCACAGGAGUAAUAGUUGUUCUUCUGACCAUUAUAAUCAAUACGGCAGUGAUUUUCUUCUUCGUCCGAAACAAUGCUCGUGGGAAAAAAUCGCACAGACACGAUCUACACGUGAUUGUCUUCCUGCUGGUUAUCGUCACCGUCUUCACUUCCUGUUGGGCUCCUCUGAUGGUGAACAUUCUCCAGCAUGCCUCUGGCUCUAUCCAUGGGGAGGGACCUACAGAGCUGAACUUUGUGCGCAUGGCCGUCAUGAACUCAGUGGUGGAUCCCUGGAUAUACAUUCUGUUUCGGAAGGAGGUCCUUCUACUUGUGAUCACUGCUCUGGAACGUUUGACCGGAAGGCAGUUUCAUAUGAAAAGGGGGUUGAUGGGAUUUCCAGAAACUGGUGAUUCAAACAAAACGCCUGCCACUCCUCGAGCGACGCCCACUUCAGACCCACUCCAUGCAACAGUGACAGCAUCAUCAGACGAUGGGGGAGUUUACAAAGGAUGAUCCAAUGAAAUGCUUACACGUCAUACAGCCUACCCUUUGGAACAUGUUUUUAAAACCCACUAAUUUUCAAUAUAUUGCAUUUCACGUGAUUUAAAAAUCCGAUUUCAUGGAUUUCACGGAUUCACAUAUAAGUUAAGGUCAGGUACAGUCCGUUCUACGCAAAUAAAGAGUCGAAAAUGUACAGAAUCAGUGAUUUUGAUUUAAAUAUCAAUAAAUUCAUACUCUUAUGAUGUAAACCACGUUUAACUCUGAUGUCAAGUGACGUCAUUACACUACAACACGUCACAGGAUUACGUCACGCGGACUAUGGAUAUUUGAGUAGACAAUCUCGCUAAUUUUCUUUUUUAUAUUGUAUUGAAUUAUUUAGCAUUUACAUUUGCACUGAU